AUGUCUGAUUUCCUGUCUUCUUUACCUCUUCAGUGGGCAGAGACUCAUAAGCAGUGCAACCGCCUGAAGCUGAUCGACAUGUUGGCCAAGCCUCACCAGAGACUGACCAAAUACCCCCUCCUGCUGACGAGGGUCCUGAAGAAGACGGACGACCCGUCGACACGGGACAAAGUCAACAGCAUGGUGGCGGCGGUGGAAGGCUUCAUCAACAGCGUGGAGUCGAAGAUGAGACAGCGCCAGGAGCAACAGAAUCUGGCCACCAUUUCUGCCAGAAUAGACUCCUACGAGGCUGUGGAGGGCAGCAGUGAGGAGGUGGAGAAGAUCCUCAAGGAGUUCAACCGCUUCGACCUCAUGACUCCCAUGAGAGGAGUUUCCCCGGAGGAGACCCGACAGCUGCAUCUGGAGGGGGCGCUGAAGAUGAAAGAGGGCAAGGACAGCCGAAUGGACGUCCACUGUGUCCUGUUCACUGACCUGCUGCUGAUCACCAAGUCGGUGAAAAGAGUGGAGAAAGUGAAGAUAAUCCGUCAGCCUCUGCUCAUUCAAAACGUUGUCUGUAAGGAGCUCAAAGACCCUGGCUCAUUCAUCCUCAUCUACCUCAAUGAGUUUAAGAGUGCAGUGGCAGCUUACACUUUACAAGCCAACAGCGCCGCCCAGGGGCGAAGCUGGAUCGAUGCAAUCUGCAACGUCCAGAACCAGCUCCAGAGGCUGCGUACGGAGGAGGUUCUCCGGCAGCAGAGCAGCAAGAAGAGGUGUACGGGUGAGGAAGAGGAGGAGGAGGAAGAUGAGAGCAGCAACUCAAGCUCCCCCUGCCUGAGGCACGAAAACCAGCAGAGCUCGAGCCAAUCAGAUGGCUCCACUGAGACCCUGUCAGUGAUGGACAUCGAUGAACCGAGCGAACAGCCCCCAGCCCCCAACAUGAACCUGGAGGGGUCCGGUGAGAAAGACUCGGACGUGGAUCCCCUCUCUGAAAGGUCGGAGGUCGAGCAGUCCACUCUCAGAGUUCACUCCAGUGUUUACUGUGAUGAGGAGACGGACCCCCAGAGCCGCUCCCUCUCCAUGGACAGCGCCUACGGUACCCUCUCCCCCGAAUCCCUCCUGGGAGAGCCUCAGCCCGGCCAGACUGAAGGAGGAGAGGAGGAGGUGGAGGAGGCAGAGAUAGAUGAGAUAGAAGAGGAGGAUGAGGAAGAGGAGGAUGCGGCCUCUUUAGGGUCUCAGAUUUCAGUGAUCCAGUCCUCCAGACCCCGCCGGCGGCCUCACGUUCAGCCCCGACUCCACUGCCUCCAGAGGCUCUCCACCCUGACUCUCUCCCGCUCCGAGGACAAUCUGCUGCAGCGCCUCUACGGUAAAACCGAAACAACGGACACACCCAGCUCUCAGGGGCCGGACCAAUCAGAACGCAGGGUCGCAUCGCCGCUGGCUCACAGCAGAAGUCUGACGGAGCUCGGACAAAACUGCCAGGAGAUGUUUUCCACCGACAUCGACCGGUCGGAAGGCUGCUUGAGCGCCACCUCAAAUAAACUCUUUACCACCCUGAGGAGAGCGGAGGCGAAGCAGGCCACGCCCCCCGGUGAGUGUGAGGAGCCCCAAAACAACAGCUCAGACGGGGAAACGGCGCCACCUGCCUGCGUAGAAAGGUUAAACGACACAACAGCCCCCAGUGAUUCGGGGGAGAUGUCGCCUAAAAAGAGGAAAUCUCCGGUCCAGCAGCACAAGAAGCUGACGCUCGCUCAGCUGUAUAGGAUACGCACCACUCUGGUCCUCAACUCCACUCUCACUGCAUCGGAGGUGUAACCACUCUUCCAAUCAGCUGAUCAGUGGCACGUGGACGUGAUAAGGAACACUUUUUCUUGCUUCGAUGGACUGAAUUUCUUGAGACACAAAUGCACUCUCUCUUGCUGCCCUCUCCCUUCUGGUUGCUUUCUUUUGGACACUGACCGUACCAUUGUUGUAUUUGAACAUUUUCCUUUCUUUGCUGUUGCAUUGGUUCCCGAAUUUCUCGAGUGGAAGGGAAGGGAGAGGCGGAGAGACAUUAACUGCUUGCACUUUGCAACGGAAGUAGCAUUAUAGGGGCUGGGACCUUAAGGCUGACUGUGGGGGGGGGAAUCCUGCAUCUUCUCCGUCACCAGAGUCAAAGAGAGGAACAAUACGUCUUGAAAAUGCUCUCUACACGUGGCUAAAUUAAAUAAAAAAACAGCACCUAGGACGUUCUCCUAAUAUUUAUACUACUCCUGGUUUGCUUUAAAAAAAAAAAAAUUAAAAAAAAAGAAAGAAAUUGCACAGUUAUCUAUGUUAAGUAGAAGAAUCACUAAGGAGUGAAUUUACAGUCAUACAAUGGAUUAGAAUGUAUUGUUAGCUGUUUGUGUCUGAUUGUGUGUGAGUGUGUGUGUGUGAGUGUGUGUGUGUGAGUGUGUUUGAAUGAUUACGUGGUCCUUGAUUCCUGACUGAAAAAAAACGGAUUCCCAUCUCCUGUGAUUACGCUAACACACCCCCCAAAAAAUGAAUGAAAAGUGUACCCAAAAGGUACAAAACAUGAUGUUUCAACACGCAGGCGGGCUUCCUUCUUUAUUGUUAAUUUUGGUUAUACUAAUACCAUUUGGUAUGUUGAACUAAUGAGAGUUGAUUUCCCUAAAAACAAUGACUGAAUAUGAGAAACUGUUUUGAGGAAUGUCCUGCACUAAAUAAAUCAGAUUGAGUGUUCAUUAAAACUCUUGAGGUAUUAAAACCACACACACAAGGGUCACAAGAAACAACGUGGUCAUAGGAAAAUCUAAAAACUUUACCUGUGUAUGUUAUUAGAGAGAUUGAACAAAAACAGUUUGGGUUGGAUAUUCAGUUGAACUUUUCCCAGGAGAUUUACUUAACUGACGUUCAGCUUUUCAGUUCAGUGAUUUAAAACCUUAUUCCAAACAUGGCCCAAACCAAAUAGGUUAACUGUUUACUUUUAGUUUUUUUUGUUUAUGUGUAAUAUUUAUUAUGCCUGCUAUGUUUUAUAUAUAUAAGAUAUUGUUUAUAUUGUUUUGCUUCCAUGAUUUGUAAAAAAAGAAAUGUGUUGAUGUAGUCUUAAUAUUUUUUUUCUCGCCAGGCAUGAAUGUGCUAUGAACCAAAAUCAUGCGUUUUCUCUUUCAGGAAUGACGUGUUUAAGUGUCUUACAGAAUAAAAAUGCUAAAAUACUUGAUCCCUCUUUGUUUAAUCCAUUGCAAUGGAGUGACUUUAGGGGAAUAAUUACAUACUGAAUUGUAUUAAGCAUUAAAAAAAAACAUGAACUGG